AUGUUCAAUCUCAGCGGGAACCCCAAGGUCAUGGGCUCUGGACUCCUAGUUCUCAAUGCCCUCCGAGCUUUGACCUUGGCCACCCUGGGCAUUGUGAUGGCGUCGAGCUGGAUCAUGAUCGCCUUCUCCGCUAUCAACGGGCACUUUCAGUUUUUCGAUUCCGCCACUCACUUCUUCGUCUUCGUCGUUUCGGUCAUCCUCGCCCUUUCGGAACUAAAUAUCAAGUUCCUGAGAAGCUGGUUCAUAAUGAACUGGCCGGGGUUGAGCCCAGGCCAUUCGCUCAUAUGGCUUGGUGUCGUCCUGAUCGUUAUUGGCUGCCAAAUCAUGGGGGACCUCGUCAAGCCCGCCUACACGAUCGAAACGAUCGGAUUGACCUUCUGGCGACUCAUCCUCGCAGCGGGUAUUCUCGCGAUUACGUUCGGCUUCUUCAACAUCUUCGCCUCCCUCAUUUACCGCAGCCCCCAGAACGGCAUCUACGCCCGGGAUAUCCGCAGCAAGGGCAGUCUGGCAGAGCCGGCCUUCAACAGCAAGACCUUCUAUGAUGGAUACGCGGGAACAGACUACUCGUCCUCGCAUCGCGACAAUUUCUCCCAACGGGGUUACCCAAAGGAAGAAGAGGUGGAAGAGUCUUCGGCUGUGCGGCGUCUCACGAGAGUCUUCAACCCCAAGAACUUCCGCAAGUCUCGUAUCCAGAUCAGCAAGCCCAUUCCUCAGGAAGUGGACUUGGACUGCGAGCGCGGCAUGGACCGGGCGAGCCCGAUCCUCCCGGAGGUCCAGCGACCACCAACAGCGCUGCACCCGGCGCUGACGGGCGGCAGUCGUUACAGCGAGGCCCACAUGGACAGGUUCUGA